AUGGCGAAUUCGUCUGCUCCGGUGGAUCACUAUGCCAAUCCAUACUUCUUACAUAGCUUGGAUCAUGCGGGGAUGAAUAUUAUAUCUGAUCGUCUCACGUCUGGAGCUGAUUUCUAUUCUUGGAAACGAUCGAUGCGUAUUGCUCUCAAUGUAAGAAACAAGCUUGGUUUCGUUGAUGGUAAGAUUCGUAAAACUCCUAAGGACCAUCAAGAUUAUGGAUCAUGGUCUCGGUGUAAUGAUAUGAUUACUACUUGGAUUAUCAAUUCUGUUGAUAAAAAAAUUGGUGGAAGUUUGUUGUAUAUCUCUACUGCCGAGGGAAUCUGGAAUAAUUUGAUGUCAAGAUUUAAGCAGGAUGAUGCUCCUAAAGUAUAUGAGCUAGAGCAGAAAUUGAACCCUCUGCGGCAGGGAUCUAUGGAUGUCACCUCCUAUUAUACAAUGUUGGUAACUCUUUGGGAAGAGUAUAAAAACUAUGUUGAACUUCCGGUAUGUACUUGUGGAAAAUUUGAAUGUAAUGCAGCCACUCUUUGGGAGAAACUUCAGCAGAGGAGUCGUGUUACAAAGUUUUUGAUGGGGUUAAAUGCCUCUUAUGAAUCCACUCGAAGACACAUCCUCAUGCUAAAGCCUAUACCAAGCAUUGAAGAGGUUUUCAACAUGGUUACUUCUGAUGAACGUCAGACGCAUAUCACACCUAAGCCUAACAGUAUGAUUUUUCAGGCUUCAGCUUCAACGUCCACAGAAGUCCCUAUCUCUUAUACUGGCUCCUAUGACAAUAUGGCAUUUGCGGUUCAGAAUCAGAGUCACUAUAGGCCACGAGGACCGAGACCUGUUUGCACUCACUGUGGUCAAACAGGACAUGUUAUCCAGAAGUGUUUUAAAUUACAUGGAUAUCCCCCAGGCUACAUUUCUGGAUUCAAGAGUAGUUUAGCCAAUUAUCAGGGAAGUCAAGGAAGUCCACGUCCGGUAAUGUCAUCUGCUCAACCUCGAGGAUGUGCACCUUCUAAUCCUAGACCGAUGACACAUGUUGUGGCUAAUGUGAUGACAGAGACUUCUCCUACUCCAACUACGAAUGCUGCGAUUAAUCUAGAUAUCAGCACCAUGAGUAGUGAUCAGAUUACUUCUUUGAUUCAACAACUAAAUGCAAAGGAGUCUAUUCAGGGCUUGAUGAUUGGUAAGGGUUUCCUUCUUCACAAUCUCUACAUCUUACAACCUGAAGCAUCGUCAUAUGCACUCAUCUCGUCAUCCACAUCACUUCCGCAUUUCUCUGGAUCCUUGAAGGUUGAUGGACAUCUUUGGCAUCAACGCCUUGGACACCCAUCUACCGACAAGUUAAAAGUCCUUUCUGUCUGGGUUUAUCUCCUAAGAAAUAAAAGUCAAGUUACUACUGCUUUUCCUACUUUUCUGAAAUAUGUUCUUACUCAGUAUAAUACAACUGUUAAAGCUAUCCGUACUGAUAAUGCUCCUGAACUUGCUUUCACUGAUUUGAUUGAAGAACAUGGCAUGAUUCACCAGUUUUCUUGUGCUUAUACUCCUCAACAAAACUUUGUUGUUGAGCGCAAACACCAACAUCUUCUUAAUGUUGCAAGAGCCUUAUUGUUUCAGUCUAAUGUUCCUUUGGUUAUUCUUUUGGAUAUAAAGGCUAUAAAGUACUUCACUUAG